UGCGUGGCAAAGGGCGAGUCUUGAUCCCCCUUGCUCCCCAAGAAGAAGCCACAUGUCCCACCGCCUCCGUGGAAGGUUUUCUCAACAGCACCCUCACCACCCGCAUCCUGCCUGCCCUCUACUCUGUGGUCCUGCUUGUGGGGCUGCCGGCCAACGCUCUGGCCUGCUGGGUCCUGGUGACCAACUUCAGAUGUUCCAGCACCCUGUUCCUGCUCAACCUGGCCAGUGCUGACCUGCUCUUUGUCCUAGUGCUGCCCUUCAAGAUCUCCUACCAUUUCUUGGGCAAUCACUGGCUCUUUGGGGAGUACUUGUGCCGCACCAUGAUGGCCUUCUUCUAUGGUAACAUGUACAGCUCCAUCCUCUUCCUUACCUGCAUUGGCCUGGAGCGCUACAUCUCUGUGGUGCACCCAUUCCUGUGGAAGGGCUCCAGUUGGACAUGUGGCAAGGCAGGCAUUUGUGUGGGCAUCUGGCUGGUGGUGGGGCUGAGCAUGAGUCCUCUGCUUUUGCACACCCAGACAAAGCAUAUCUCAAGCCUGAACAUCACAACUUGCCAUGAUUUCCUAGAAGAAGAGGAGCACAUGGCCCUCGUCAAUUAUUUCCUCAUCCUGGUGGGACUGGGCUUUGGCUUACCCUUCAUACUUGUGACCAUCUCCUACAGCUGCAUCCUGGCACGGCUGCUGGUCAAGGGAAGACACCAUGGGCAGGUGGUACGUGUCCUGGCCCUGGUCCUCAUAGUCUUCGUCCUCUGCUUCACCCCCAGCAAUGUGCUGCUCUUCAUGCACUACAUCCUGGAGGUCAAGGGAUGCAACAACAUCACUUAUAUUUUAUACACCCUGGCCCUGGUCCUCAGUGCCUUUAACAACUGCUUCGAUCCCUUCAUCUACUUCUACAUGUCCCGGGAUUUUCGGAGCUGGGUCCGGAAUGCAGGGAGCUGCUGCCUGGGGCGAAAGGUGGGGAGGGCCUCGGAGAAGGCAGCUUUGCCCCUGAGGUCCACUGAGCAGAGCCAGAUGUAG